AUGAAACAAAUUCGCAACACAGAAAGGUACGGCUUCGGAAAACGUCUGGAAUCCUCUCCAAGCAUGAUCGGCGACGCUGGCGAGAUUUUCAUGUUUUUAAUCUCCCCCUUGCCCCUCACUUCUCCCCUUUGGACCCCACUCCUCUCCCUUUGGCCCCCACUCCUCUCCCCUACCCCCUUCGCCUUAGAGCCUUUAACACACUUACUG